GGCAGAAUGGGAUGAUAGGCCAUCAUGAAUGGCUCUACUGCUCACAUCAGGAUGAAGCUGUGGGACGGUGCCUGCAUCAGGAUCCCCAGCUCCACAAGGAGCCUUUGGCCUGGCCAGCCAAGCAGCCAGGGCUGUGUGUGCUUUCCCCAGCUCAAUCCAUUUUCCCUCUCUACUCCAGGCAACAUCUCUCAGUAGCACUGCCUGGGCUGUAGCUCCCAGCUCCCAGCUCACGAGUUCCCUCUUUGGGGAGCAAUUACAUCACGGCCACUGCUCUGGCUUAGCUCUUGGAGCACCAUCUCUGGUAAAGUAGUAGCAACCUCAUGGUGUUACAGUAUCACAGUAGCCUCCUUGCUGGACUCCAGCGCCAGGCCCCAGUUUGUACACACCCCCUCAGAAGGUGGCGGGUAGCCCAGGCAUUGGGAUUUUGCCCUUCCCUGUGAAAGGCCAGAGGUUUUACAUAGCCCUGGACGGUGGUAGCCUUGGGCUGGCUGUAGUGCUUCCUCUAGCCAUGCAGGCAGUUGCCUCGUGCUUGGAUGACUGUUGACUGACUCCCUUGGUUAGGCUCAGCUCUGGGAGGGCCCCCUCUGGUACAAGGUGACAACCCCAUGUCAUCACUGCAUCACAAAUGUUGCCUUAGCUUAGCUGUGGCAGCAUCAUCGCUGCUGAAGAGAAGAAAACCCUGUGUCAUCACCGCAUCACAAACGUGAGCCAGCGUAUAUGUCGGGAGGAUGGGUGUCACUUUGCCUCUGAGCUGACAGGUGAAGAGAGCUGAAAGAGCAGGUAAGCACACUGAGCUGAGUCCGGCAGCUCCUCACCAAGGUCUCUGUGGCAGGGUGGGCUCUCGCUGUGCUUGUGGGCAGGCCCAGAAACUCAGGGUCCAGCAACCCUUGCAAACUCAUUUGUGUGGAUGCGGCCUGGUGUCAAUAGGAUCAAAGAGAGUGAUUUGAGCUUCCCCUCACUUUAGACAUAAGGCUGAAAUACAAAGGAUUCUUGAAAGGGUAUUGGAAACCCAGCAGUGUUUGGGGUAGAUUUUGAGCCUGGCUUGCAGAUAAGAGAGCAUCCCAGUGCAGUGCCCAAAGCCCAGUGGGGAAUAAAAAGGGUCUUUGGCUUGGGAAGCAACAAAGACAGAGAGCCUGGGAGCAGACGCUGAAAUUGUUCUUUUAGGAUUGUUCUUCUCGGCGUGUUUUCAGAAGAUUGUUGCUGUCGAUCCUAGACCCAGGGACCACAGGAAGGGUGAGCACUGCCCCUGAACAAAGGGGUAGAUCCUUGGAUGUUUGUAAAGAGUAAUUGUCCUGUUCAUGAAGAUUUCUUCUCCUGACCAGAGAAUCUGGACUUGGGCUGUUGGUCUCCUUGUAACUAAUGGGAAUAAUAAUCCCAGGUGUUUGCUGAGGAUCUGAGGAGGCUGUGAAUGCAGUAACGGAACUGACAAUAUCUCCUUGGCUCCGCAGAGAAGGAGGUUGCCCUUUGCCUGUGUGCAGACCUGGCGCGUGAGAGGGAGGUCUGAUCCCUGAGAAAUGAACUUUUCCCCCAUCGCCAUGGACGGUGUCAUCUCUCCAGCUUUCCUGUGGUUCCUGAUGCUGGUGCUCACCUUCUACCUCCUGCUGACCUUCAACAAGCACAAGGAAGGCAGCUGCAAGAAGAGAAGGUGGAGGGGCAGCGAUGAGGAGCCCAGAGCAGCCUUUUCCCUCUGGGAGGAAGAUCCAGAGGAGUCUUCAGGGUCCUCUGGGUCCCAAUACACUGGAGUCCUGGAGAUGCUCAUCACGGAUUGCUGGGAGAUGGACCUGAACUUUGAUAACAUAAUCAGAUCUGUGAAGGAGGCCUCAAAGAGGCUCACCUGGGAGGCCAUCAACAGCAGCUCCAUCACUUGUGACUCAGCAAGUGAAGCCAGCUUCUCUUCAGGGACGUCUUUCUCCCCUGCUAGCGAUUAUUCCCUCACUUCAACUUUGGGGAGCCAAGCCAGCUCUUUUUCAGGGGAGUCUUUCUCCUCUUUCACUGAUGGAGAAGGUCUGGCUCAAGGCUCUAGCGUGCAGCCUGUCCUCGCGGAUCCCCGGCCUAGCCAGGAGAAGCAGCAGGACCUGGCGACUCGCCCACCUGGCAGGGAAGUGGGGGCCAGCUGCCACAUGGCUGGCAGUGGCCUGCAGCAGCAGCACCUUGAGGUCCACCUGGAUGUGCCCCCCCAAUGCCCAGGAGUGUUGGGCUUCCACGUCGGGGAAACGGAGACAACUUUCUUGUACCCUGAUGCCCAAGAAGACUUGGAGGAGCGUGUCCAGAAGAAGAAACUUGAGAUGCAACUGGGGCUGCCGGCUGCUGUCUGCAAAUCCCUGCACGCCGACCUGUCCUGGCCUCCUAGCCCACCACCACUGCCUGCAAAGCCAGACACGGAGCAGGUUUCCAGCAUGCAGAGGCAAACCUUCCCAGGCAAAGCCGAGUUCAGUGCUGUGGAGUUGGAUUUCAGCUGGAAUGGCAAGGAGAGCUUGGAGUGUCUCAUCCAGGAAAAUGAAUGGCAGCAGGAAGCAGGCCUGUCAGCCAGUCUGGGUGAACCUCAGCAGGAGUUGCCAAGCUCAGCUCCUCGAACACCUCAGUGGCAUGCUGAGCCUGAUGAGGUGGUGGUUCCCAGCGUGCAGGAGCUGCCCUUCCUCGACAACACUGUCAAAAAGCAGCUAGAGCUGCACAUCAUAAAAAUGCAGAUGAAACAGCGCUUUGGGCCACCAGCAAGGAUCCCGGCCUGCAAGAAGGUUGCGGCCCCUGUCGCAGGGCAAAAAGCCUCCCAGCCUCCCCCUCCACACAGAGGUGCUGGGCUGCCAUAUCGCUCCCCCUUGCAGCACUGGACCAGGCAUGCUCAGACCAGGUGCUCUGCAGAAGAGCCCCCAGGCCCCAAGCAGGAGAAGAGCAGGUGUCCCACAUCUCCCAUGAGCAGAGAGCAGAGACUCAGCUCUCAGAGCAGGAGGCAGCCAGAGGAAGAGAGCCCUGAAGAAGAAGAGGCUACAGACCUUGUCAUGGCAUGCCCGGGACAGCAGCAGGGUCAAGCCUGCUCUGCUCCAAGUGCUUUCCUGAGAGCAGCACAGGAGAUGUCUUGGAAGGACAAGGAGGUAUCAGCCUGCAAAAGAGAGCGUGGGGGAACAGCCAGCAGCAGCAAGGACACUGAGGAGUCCCUGCUGGCCACCAGCAGGAAGGAUCAGGGUCCUGGGACACAAGGGGAUGUGCGCAGCCCUUGCCCUCCCAGCCAGGCAGAGCAGGCAUUGCUGCAGAGCGAGGAAGCUCACCAGGGGCAACUGUGGCAGUCCCAUGAGAGCUGGAGCAGCUCCAGUGAGGACAUGAGGACACCAGAGCUGCCAUCAAAGAAGAGUGUCCCCCAGGAAAAACACAGCCAGUCCUGCGAGAGCUGGAGCAUCUCCAGGGAGGACAAGGAGACACCAGAGCUGCCAGCAGCCAGGAGAGCUCCUCCAAGAAAACGUUCCCAGAAGAGAUAACACAGUGAGGAGGGCCCCUCAGCUCUGCCACCGGCUCCAGCCCCUGCAGGGACCAGUGUUCCAGUCUCCCAGCUGGAAGGGCUCCUCACAGCCCUCAUCGAUUCCCACAAGGCCAGCCAAGCUGCUCACAAAGCGCAGAACCAGCUGCUGGAGGAAAUGUUGGUGUGGCUCCCAGACAAGGCUGGGGCCCCAAGGAAGGACACGACAGGAGGGCACCCCGUUGGCUCACAGCGCUGCAGACAUGUGGCUGAAAGCUGCCCUCACUGCAGGGGACGGAGAGCAGUGCAGGAUGCGCCCGUGCCGGCUGCCUUGCCCACCAAUAUCACCAUAAAUAUGAGCAAGGACAGAAAUCGCCAAAGGAGUCCUGUCUUUAAGCUGAAAAUGAGUCUGGAGCAAGUCUGCCAACGGGUAUUAACAGAGGAGCCAGAGCAGGGGAAGGGCAGGGGAAACCCCAAGGACAGAGCCAGCUCCAGGAGACUCUGCCCCAAAUGCGGUAAAGCUCGGCGCCAGAGACUCUCCGGCAAGGAAGGCUUGCAGACCUCACCUCCAUCUGAUGCUGCAGCCCUGGGCGCAGGAAGAGCAGGACACAGGCACCCACCCCAGGGCAGGGGCAAGAGGCAGCAGGGGCAGGAGGAAAGGGCUGCCGCCACCCAGCAGGCAAAGGGGCUCCAUCUUUCCACAACUUCAUUCUUGCGAGCUGGGCAGGCGGGGUCUCAGCCACACCAGGCCCUCACCAGGCCUCUGCCCUCACAUGUGGCGCCUGGGCACAGGACACUGGAGAGGGAGACACCACCUCUGCUGGGCAGCAUCUGCUGUGGGCUCAUCCUCAUCCUGCCGUGCCUCGAGAGAGUCUGUGCCAAGCUCCAAGAAAAAUCAAGGCCUAAUUUGGCAAGAACAAGGAGAGGGGAGGAGCUGCAAGGGCAAAGGCACAGGCUUUUGGAAGCAGAGCGCCAGCUCCCGCAGGGAUCUCCAGAGGAGAGCAACAGCAUGUGACAGUGACACGCCAGGCUGCAGAUGCUGCGCUCUUGGACUGUGCAGGUGGAGCAGGGCCCAACGGGGCAUGGACCCAGUGAGCAGCAGCUCCCGGCCGGGCCCUCCCAGGGAGCAGGAGCUCUCCUAAUAAAGUCACGUCCAUUGAAAUAA